UAGUGGAUCAUGUUUCUUGAUUGUAGAUAGGGAUUGGUUUGUAGUGUGGUGUCCCUGGGCUGUCUUCCCUAGCAUCAGGAUACACACUAGAGGUGGGUGUCCGGGUGUCACGCUUGACGCUUGCUCGGCUGUCAAACUCAACAAAUCUCGUCACUGUUUCGCGAUGACCGAGAAAUUGCGUUGGUAGCGUUGUUUCGCCGGGAGGUAGGUUAGGUUUGGUUUAGGCUUCUCUAGAAUCAUUCAGUUCUCGGCCAUCACGAGACAACGAGACGAGAUAUAACCAUAUGAGAGCCUCGACCAUUAUGUCAAGUGAUAUAAUUAUGGUCAAGCAAAAACAACACAGCUCGAGUAGGCCUAUAUGAUUUGAACUUCAUUACUGAAGUUUGGCUCCAAUUUAUUCACUUAUUGUUAGCAACCAAAAUUUGAUGAAGACGCGAAAAAAAAAUAACCUACGAAGAAAAAUCACGUAACAUAAAAGAAAAGUUCAGCAAACUUAACAAUAAAGAUUAUCCAUUAAAUCAAGAUAUCGACUAUACUCUUGGAUCCCAAACUUUGUAAAAGAACAGUGCCUACGUAACUCCCUGUUGUAAUGAGGGGGAGAGUGGGUAGAAUAAGGUGAGAGAUGAGUGGGUAGAAUAAGUGAGGUAACAAGGAGAGAGAGAGAGAGAGUGAGUGAGUGGGUAGGGUCAGAACCAGGUAUGCGUGGACGUGUUAGGUGUUGGUAGUUCUGUCGGCCAUGUAGGGAGAAACGCCAUGUGUCAUGUACCCACACGCAUGACGUAGUGGCUGCCAUGAAGGGUGGAACACCAUGUGCCAUAUACCCACACGCAUGACGUAGUGGGCAACAACACCACCUAUUUUGAUUUAGUCUUGACCGUAUUUGGCCAAAAAAUGAGGCCCUAUUUUAGUGAUCACCUGUAGUGGUCAUCACCUGAAUGACCUCAUACAAUGACUCGCUCACUUCUUGACACUGUCUCUUGACAUCUUCAAUAGUCUUCUGGGAACAUACAGGAUUUAAGCCCGAAAUUCUAUGAAACACUUCUAAGAAAAUAUAGCACCAUAGAAAACGGGAAGUGAGCGCAUGCGUGUUGGUUGUGGCGGGAAGGUUAGUGUUAGUGUAGCAGUGGAGCUCAGUGUGUCAGGAGGCGACCACAUGAUAGUCGUGUAGCUUGCAGCUCUACUACACCUAACUUCUACAUAUUGUUGACCAUCAACACUUGGUAGUGUUAUAGUGCAGUGAACAUUGUUGUGGACACUUAAGAAAUACUCGCCGUGUCUUAAGUAAUUAGAAGACGAACGUGUUCUUGAUUAUGAUACGCGGAUUAUUAAUUCAUCAAUAAUGUCCUAAGAUGAAUUCUUGGCAUACACCUUACCUUAGUUCAUCUGAAGAUCUGCGACAUUACCAGCAACAACAUUACCUCCACCAGCAACAUUCCUAUCAUUAUCAGCAAAAUAUACACAACCUUCAAAAUUAUCAGCAGCAGCAACACCAGCAGCUCAACUCCCUAGAAGGCGUACACAGCGGCGUCCCCACCCGCACCACACCUACUCUCACGCCCACAACCCUCAGGAACAUCGAACAAACUUUUCUGGAAUUGUCGAGCGUUCCACCCCCGGAGACCCACACCAACCAGGCGGGCUUUGUACCUCCCCUCGUUCAACCCACCGCAGGCAACACGUUUAUCUCAGUGGACAGCAAGUGUUGGGGGGGCGGAACCCUCACACAGAUUCCCCACACGUCUUCGUCGUCGUCGUCAUCGUCGACGUCGUCGUCUGGUGGCGGAGUUCAGGUGCGUGCACCACUGGUCCACACCAGCACGUCAUCCGGGGUGAGCCUCAACAUGCCCUCCCAGGUCCAGCAGCCACCCCGCAGGAUGGGCGGUCGACGACCCAUUAAAGACGAGAAACUGUCAUAUGAGGAGGAGGAGCGUCGCUCAAUGCGUCGUGAGAGGAACAAAUUGGCGGCCGCGCGAUGCCGCAAGAGGCGUCUUGACCAGACUAACAUGUUGCAAGAUGAGACGGACGAUCUGGAAGAUAAGAAGUCGGAAUUACAGCAAGAGAUCCAACUUCUGCAGCAACAGCGAGAUGAACUGGAGUUCCUGCUGGCCACGCACAAGGCUGUCUGCCGCCGUCGCCAGCACAUCGCUCCUGCCACCACCACCGCCAACUCCAACGUGCAUCUCCGCAUCUUAAAAAAGGUUGUCAAGGACGAACCUAUGGAGGAAGACUUUGUACCCGUGAAAAAGUGCGACUCGAGCGUGCCUCGCCCGAGGCGACCAACUAGCCUCAACGUGGCACCAGUGGCUCUUCGUACCCCAAGCGUCGCUGACCUGGGGGUCCCCAUUGAGACACCGUCGGCUGGCCUUCGUGGCCUCAACUUUGAGUCCAUGAUGGAGGGCGGGACAGGGCUGACGCCAGUAACGAGCGGCACUGGGCUCACUCCACUACACACGGGUCUCACGCCACUCACCACGCCUGUUGUGUCAGCUCCUACAGGCUCGGCCACAUCCUCCAAUUGUGGGACACAGCAGCGAUCCUCCUCCUCUGACCUCUCCUCGCCAGACUCUGUACCGCCCAAACUAGUGUCCCUCUGAAUGACAACGCCCAUGCGCGCCCACGUAGUUACCAGCGGCGGGCAAGGUGGAAUAAUUGAGGCUCCGCCCCUCAGCUGACCUUUGAUGGAUGCUAGUCCCCAACAUGCACGCCCGCGCCCACACUUACAACCCACGCACUUCACGCAAGCUACACCACAACCCAAAAUCACUUGCACUUCUCACUCAACCAGACAAGUUAUUGUCCUUGAAAUUCACACCUCUAAUACCAAUUCCUGGAAACGUAAUGUCAUUAAUGUUGAAAUAUAACACUGAGAUAAGAUAGCCUUUACGUUCUAACUUUGCCUUAGAUUUAACUUUAUGAUGCCUUCAAACUGCCGUCACUAUUUGAGCAGUUUUAGCUGCCGACCGUACAGGUUAAUGAGAGGCCACUCGACUCUUUGAGAAAAGUAAGGUAAAGAGCUAGUGACAGUGUUUGUUUAGCUUUACCUGUUCCAACAAUUAACACAGGUAACGAACGAGCCUCUUAGAAAAAUUAUAUCCCCAUGUCGGUCACUGUAAAAUGUGGCUGCAGGUGUUGACACAUUCUGAAUGAUUACCGAAAACACUGAGCAUGAAAUACUUUAGAAAUCUUUGUGAUAAUUCAUGUGUAUACACGCUAGCGCUUCUGCCCCUACGUGUAAGAGCAAUUAACACAUGGGCAAUACUUUGAUAAAUUUGUGUUCUAUGCAAUGAGUUGAUGCAAAAGCAGUUCCAUACAACUUAUAUAACUUUAUGGUGUGUAAUUUAAGUCUGUUACUACGACAGUGUUAAUAAGGUUAAGCACUUACUUCGCCUUCAUGUGAAGAAUAAUUUUGUGAAAUAUUGAUAUACCUCUAUAUUAUAGAUAGCAAAGCUUCACCAAAGACAAACAAUAUAUUGAUGUAUUUCAUUUGGGGGGUCUAGAAUCAAUUUUGUGAUAUUUUCCCUAGUAGAGAGAGCCUGAGAGAGCUUCACACGUGAAUUAACUCCUCAAAAUUUAAAAGUUGUAGAGAGGUAUUUGAGUAACUUGCAGAUUUGGCAGCCAGUAAUGCUAGUGGUUGUUGACGUCCAAUAACACUGGUAUUGAAGUUGUUGACCAAUAAUACUAGUAGUUGUUGGCAGCCAAUAAUGCUAUUAGUUAUUAGCAGUCAUUAAUACUAGUAGUUGUUGACGGCCUACAAUGUUAGUAGUUGCUGACCUCCAAUAAUGAUAGUAGUUUUUUAUGGCCAAUAAUGAUAGUAGUUUUUAACGACCAGUAAUACUAGUACUUGUUGACGAUCAGUAAUGCUAGUAGUUGUUGACGACCAAUAAUGCUAGUAGUUGUUGAAGGCCAAUACAGCACUAUGCUCAUCUGCCUUGGUUUACCUCCAGCUGAGGAAGAUCUUACCAAUAAACAAUAUUCCAAUGUUAUUAUUGACCAUGUUUUCAGAUAACCAGUAAACGGUCCAGCGAAGUGUGUGAUAAAACGCUGGCUGGUUUUUGCCAUAUUAAUUUACCAGUGGAAAUACAAUAAUAUUUAUAUUAUACCUAGUCUAGCUUUCAUACAUUCAUAUGGUAAGAUUACAGUCAAAUCUAUUUAUACCAGAGUAUUUAGAUAAUAUUUUACAAAUAAAGAAGAAAUUUUGCA